AGUACCAGGAAUGGGUUUUCACAUCACACAACCUGGUUCAUCUGUUGCAACAUCAUUGAUUGAUGGUGAAUCAAAGCCAAAACAUGUGCUGCUUUUAGAGAUCAAGGGGAAUCAGUAUCGGCCAACAAAGAUACCUCUGAGUUCAGUGAGGCCAUUUGAAUACACAGAGGUGGUGCUGAAGGAUGAGCCUGACAUAGACUCGAAUGAUCAUAAUACAAUUCUUGAACAUUUGGAUAAAGUGGUUAGAGAUUUGAUAGAGAGGGCAAACCAAAAGGCUGUGAAGAAACAAGAGCUCAAGCUUCCCUUAGUUCGAAUAAAGGAUAUGCUGGAAAUGAAGCAAAAACAGGAGAGACUUUUGCUGAAUUUUCCAUGA